GUCGCCGCCAUUUCGUGUGAGUGAGCAGCAAAGGAGAGGCGGCGGGAGGCGACGGAGGAACGGUGGAUAUAAACACACUACAAUGGGGAACAUCUUUGCCAAUCUGUUUAAAGGUCUCUUUGGUAAGAAGGAGAUGAGAAUUCUUAUGGUGGGCUUGGAUGCAGCCGGUAAGACCACCAUCCUGUACAAGCUAAAACUUGGCGAGAUCGUGACCACCAUCCCCACAAUAGGUUUCAAUGUGGAAACAGUAGAAUACAAGAACAUCAGUUUUACAGUGUGGGAUGUGGGUGGUCAGGACAAAAUUCGACCUUUGUGGCGUCAUUAUUUCCAGAACACUCAGGGUCUGAUCUUUGUUGUGGAUAGUAAUGAUAGAGAGAGAGUGAAUGAAGCCAGAGAGGAGCUAACAAGAAUGCUAGCAGAAGAUGAGCUACGAGAUGCAGUACUGUUAGUGUUUGCAAACAAGCAGGAUCUUCCAAACGCUAUGAAUGCUGCUGAGAUCACAGACAAACUAGGCCUGCAUUCCCUUCGUCAUCGGAACUGGUACAUUCAGGCUACCUGUGCGACCAGUGGAGAUGGGCUGUAUGAGGGCUUGGACUGGCUCUCUAACCAGCUGAAGAAUCAGAAGUGAUCCCUUCCCAUAUAAGUGCCCUCCAUCCCUAUGCCCCUCUCUCCCACCCAACUCCCAUCCUGUUCAACAUCUUGGCAGAGCUGGCCAGCACCUCUGCUGUCUACUGGGCGGGCAUGUAAUUUCUUUCAGCACACAUUACCGUUGUGUGUGUGCUUGCACGCCUAUUUUGAGUGGGAGCAGCAAUCUCACACUGUGCCUUAUACAUGCUUAGCAGUAUUAAUUCUCCUCACCCACAAUAACACUACCCAUUCAGCCAUGUCAGCAGUUACCUUCAACACCCUUUCUGUGCCGCUACAUUCAAUGCUGUUCUGUCUUUAAACAGCAUCUUUGAAUUGAUUGUGUAGUGCCCUUUCUGCCUAACUAUAUAUUUAUGCUUAUUUGGUGUUUUAUGCUGGAAUGAUUAAGUCAUGUCUGUGGCAGAAAUUCUAAAUUCUUACCAGCUUGCACUAAAGAAUGCUGUGAAGCAGCCAUGUUUUCAUUGCUAACGAUGCCUGCUUUGUUGUUGGUGUGCAUCCAUCAGUGCUUGGUAUAAGGGAACUUUCACAGCUGAGGGUUUUAUUAUCUGCUGUAAUGUCAUAUGUGGCACGGCUAUAGGUCACCCUCAAUACACUGCCAUUGAAUGUAUCCAUUCAUGCUUUUAUUCACCUAACUUUAUUGUAUCAACAGUCUCUUAUUUCCCAUGAAAGGCUGUUGCAUGUUUUUAAGCAAGGUUAAGCAUUUUGGAAAUUACUUUUUUGCAUUUUACAUGGAAAAGGUACAGCUGAAGAAUGGGUGCAGGGUCUUCAUAGGCAUGGCCACGGUAGUGAUCUUUCAGUCUGUUGCUGCACUACAACUCCCAGCAGACUUAUUGGCAUGCUGGUAUUUGUUAGGUCAGUUACAGUUGGAGAUCCAAAGGCAUUGUAUUGAACUGAAUAAGUUGUGGAAAUGGUGUUUAUUAUUUCACUUGCUCAGCGCUAGCAUCACAGGAUAAAACCCAGUGCUGUUUACAUACUUAUAUAGAUACACGCACACUUCCUUCAUACUGACUUGCAUGUAGUAUCACCAGCCUGCUCUUGAAGGCUUCUGAGAUGACUGCUCCCACUCUUUAGAAUAUUUUAUUAUUUCUGUAAGGAAUAUCCUUGGGUGCUCUUGGAUAUCCCCUGUCUGGAAGGAAAUCUGUACAGUAAUAUGGUAAUCUAAUUGACUAAUGUUUUAUUGCAUUAUCCUUAUCCAAAUUAUUUCUUGGCCCCAUCAUAGCUUUGUUUUCAUCAGAAGGACUGAGAUUUGGGGAAUAAAGAAGCAGCAGGGAGGUGAGGGGUAAAAAGGUGAGAGGGAAUUUGUAUGUGCACAGUCACUCCAGUAAGUAGUUGAAUAAUAACCUGACUGGUUUGUGCCAUUAGAGGCUUGAUUGGGGGAGAGCGCUAAGUGGAUGCCCAGGUUCUGUACUUUGGACCCUCUACAAAAGCUGAUUAGCCUUCCAGAGUUCUAGGGAACAUCCACAAGCAAUGGAAAGCGCAAGGCGUACAUUACUAGUAACAAGAAUGUAGGACAACUCGAUAAAUAUAUAAAUAUAUAAUUUUAUAUGGAAAAAAAACUGGCAACUGUUUUUGAGAGAAAACAUAGUUUAAAAAUAUAUAAAAUAGGGUUGCAGGAAAAUGGGUUUUGGUUAAAAGGAAAUAAUCAGUUAAUUGUUUGAUUUGGGGAAGAUAGCAUUUGAAUCCAAAAUAAAGGGUUGGACAGGGCUACCAUUCUAUUAAGCAGAACAUGGGAGCCAGAAUAAAAACAGGUUAGGGCAGAGUUUGGCAGCCUACAGCACUCCAGAGUGAUCCUGGGAGUUGUAGUCCUAUAAGCGGCUGCCCAUGCCAUCAUCAGAGCCAUGUAUUACUGUAAAUGACCUAUCCCCUCUCUCAGCAUUUGGCUUGCUGUGAAGUAUCACCAGCAAAAUACACUCACCAAUUACACUGAGGCUUCUGUCCUUUCCUUCAUAAUCCCCCGCUUCCCUCCCACAAGGCCGCCUUCUGGAACUAACGAACAUUUCAAUUAAUGUGUUUUUAAUAUCACUGUGGGAGAGUGCUUCUAUUUUGUGUUACUUCAGUGUGCAGCAGAAGGGGGGUACCAUUUCAUUUUUAAACUCAAAAGAUUUGUAGACCAUUUUUGUGGGGACUUGGGAAUGUAGCUCUUAACAAUUUUAAAUAUAUAUAUACUUCUUAAAAGUCUGUAAAUGAGACCGUUUUCAUAUCUUCAUGCCUAAAAUGAAUCAAAGCUUUAAAGCUCAACUUUUAUUUCCUGUAUAAACUGAUUCUCAAGUGUGAAGUACAUGAUGUACAAUUGGACCUAAAUCUUUUUUUUUUUUUUUUCUUUGUUUUGUUUUCUAACCAUGUUGUAAUUUGUCUGAAAUGCUCUAAAAUAAAGAGUUCUGUAUUGAAAUAA